AUGGCUGAGUCAAAAGCCGAUUUGGUCGUCGUUGGCGGUGGGCCAACUGGAAUGUUGACUGCCCUUCUAGCACAAAGACUUGGAGCGUCAGUAAUUGUGCUUGACGCAAAGCCCGGUCCACUCCAGCUUGGAAGAGCUGAUGCAUUGAACGCAAGGUCGCAACAAUAUCUCGAGAUAGUGGGAAUUCUAGACAACCUAAUUAACCAGGGUUUGAAAUGCAACACGAGCUCUAUAUUCACGAAGGGUGAAUUUACAUCGCGGCAGAGUCAUUGGUGGACAGGAUUGCAGCAUGUUCUGCAUAAAAAUUUUCUCAUGAUUGGUCAGCCUGUUGUCGAGCAGCUUCUCGCAGCGGAAUUGAAAGAUAGCGUGUGGUUUAACGAGCGGGUUGAGUCGGUGAGGGAGAACGAGUCCGAAGUUGAAGUUACCACGACAUCACGACGUGUCGUGCGUGGCACCUAUUGCCUUGCCUCGGAUGGCGCCAGGUCCAUGAUGCGUCAGGCGCUUGGGAUUCCUUUCACAGGAACGAAGCCUGAGAUGACAUGGGCAGUUUUGGACACCUUCAUCGACAGUGACUUUCCUCGCUGCCCUGAAAUUAUCACCUUUGAGCUCAAUGGUGAGUCUCGCGUGGCAUGGAUUCCACGGGAGCGUAAUAUGGCACGCUUCUAUAUCCUAUUGGACGGCGAGAUCACGGAGGAGAAGUCGAAGGCCUCCAUUAAACAGCAUUUAGCGCCAUACAGGGUUGAUUUUACCAGAACUGAAUGGUUCAGCACCUUUGAAGUGAAAGAAAGAAUUGCCGAGACAUUUAUCUCUCAAAACGGCAAUGGCAGGAUCAUCCUCGCUGGUGAUGCCGCUCAUUGUCAUUCAGUCAAUGGCGGACAAGGGCUGAACACUGGCCUCUCCGAUGCAUUCAGCCUCGGGUGGAGGAUGGCGUACGUUUUGAAGUUUGGUGAUAAAUUGGCACCCGGUGCAGCCAAUAAAAUUCUUCAAAGUUAUGACGUGGAGCGUCGUAAAGUCGCGGAGCAUGUCAUUCGUGUCGCCGCCCGACUUGUGCGAGACGUCAAAUUCGAAGCCACGCAGUAUGUUGGAAUGGGGAUAGCGUACCAUGAUCUUGACUCUCCAGCCAUCCGAGAGUCCGAAAUAAGCAUAUGGAAAGCUGGCCGCGCCUGUCCUGAUAUUCAAAUGACAGUUCCGGGCAACCUAAAAUCCCAGUACUUAUACAGCAUGGUGACCUAUGGGAAGUAUCUUGUUCUUGUGGCUGGUGAUCAUGGAGGCCACUUUGACAGUUUUAAUGAUCUAGUUCGAUGGCUUAGAAUCCUACCAAAAGUUGAUGGACAAAACUACCAUCUCAACGGUGAAAGUGCAUCAAGUUAUUUGUCCGAUAUUGUCAAAGAGGGAGAGAACUACGCUGUGGUUGUUCGGCCUGACAUGUAUAUCGCGUAUGCUGGUCCUGUUGACACUGCACGGGAGUACUUAGGGGAAAUCUUUGUCGGCCAGGAUUAG